GCCCGUGACCUGCGCUCCCAGGAGUUGGUGGCCAUCAAGAAGAUGUCGUACCGUGGGCGAGCCUCCAGCGAGAAGUGGCAGGACAUCGUGAGGGAGGUGAAGGUGCUGCAGAGGCUCCGGCACCCCAACACCGUGGGCUUCAGGGGGUGCUACCUGCGGGAGAACACGGCCUGGCUGGCCAUGGAGUUCUGUGUGGGAUCAGCCCUGGACCUGCUGGAAGUGCACCAGGAGCCGCUGAGGGAGGAGGGAGAUCGGGGCCAUCACCGAGGGGCCCUGCAGGGCCUGGGCUACCUGCACAGCCAGGGGGUGAUCCACAGGGACAUCAAGGCUGGCAACAUCCUCCUGCGGGCCCCCGGCCACGUCAAACUGGGCGACUUCGGCUCGGCCGCCGUGGCCACCCCGGCCAAUUCCUUGGUGGGGACCCCGUACUGGAUGGCCCCCGAGGUGAUUCUGGCCAUGGACGAGGGGCUCUACGACGGCCGGGCGGACGUGGUGGUCACUGGGCAUCACCUGCAUCGAGCUGGCUGAGCGGAGGCCGCCCCUGUUCCAGCUGAACGCGAUGAGCGCCCUGUACCACAUCGCCCAGAG